AUGUCGUCCAUCUCGCUGUUCGACAAUUGGAAUAGAUUCUUGCCCUGCGGUUUUAUCCUCCCACGGCCCAUGGAGAUGGACCCCAGUCCGAAGCAACCGGUCCGGCGCCGGACAUCAAAACAACUGGAAAGAAAGAGAGAGCUAGACAAGCAAUCACAGAGAAUCAAACGCGAGACGGACAAGGACCGAUUAAUUCAGAUCCAGGCCGAUGUCCAGAAAAUCCAACGGCAGAUGGACAGCCUCCAGAAAACCAUGGCCAUGAUUCUGGAUGGGAUGAACACUCUGCACAAUACACAUCCCAGCACUCAUCUUUCCCAAUCCCCUUCAGUGUCCCUGCCGGUGGAUAUUAUCACCCCGCAAGAUGGCAGGAUGGCAGGUACGAGAGGAGACUCGAGCUCCAGCUCCAGUCCUAGCAGUCUGACGCCAAAUCAGGCCCACGGCGGACAAGCACCCCCGAAGCUGUAUGGGGACACAGAUCGAAGUCUCUUGGUAGCGGAUUGCAGCGUGUACCGUCUUUCCCCAUCUCUCAAAACCCUCCAGGACGUACCGGAAUGGUUUCGACCGACUGAAAUCCAAAGUAACACACCUCACCAAAUCUUUACCGACUUCAUGCCAUUCCCUCAGUUGCGCAACGCCAUGGUUUCGGGCUCUGUUGAGUAUACUCGAGAAGAGUUUGAUAUUGACUACGGUCGUUCUGUUUCGAUUAACUGGCCGAACUCGAAACCUUUGCUGGUUAGAAACGAUUCCUUGGAUGUGGUUCUAAACCCAGAGUUUGAACCACAUGCUCUCGACUACAGUAACUGGUCGCUCAAUGAGGAAUUUGCGCUCAAGUAUCCGCACAUGGCUAUGAUGGCCACAAUUAGAUAA